CAUUCAAAAUUCAAAUACGGUAUGUAAAAAGGAAAAAAGGCUUCUUCUGACAUAUAAAUGAGCCAGACAGCGUGCCCUUUUUUCUCGCCGUAUCCGCUCCCUUAAUUUAUAUACUACUGCUCCAUUUUCUUUACCUAUCUUACAAAUUUCGACGAAUUGCCCCACCGAGUUCUAAAUGGGUGACAGACUUAAACUAUCAUCAAAGUAUUCUGAUGAAAAUCAAGUGCCUUUGAAGGUUAAAAACAAUAACCCACCAUCAAAUUUAAAGCCCAGAUCCAUAUGGGGUUCGAAUAUUGUAAAAGGGUUUGCAGCUGAUAAGAAAACUCGUUCGCAAGACCCCACCAAGAAAUUGCAACAACAAGAUCAAAAACCUGCAAAAAUCCCUUUUGCUUCAAAUAGAGCAAAAAGGUCUCUGAUCGGGGAUCUAUCGUGCUCUGUAGCUGCGACACAAGUUCAUCCACAAGGGAUUCACAAGUCAAAUUCUUUUUCGGGGCCUCGUGAUUUGUUUGCUGAGCUUGAUCAGCUAAGAAGCUUGCUACAAGAAUCUAAAGAUAGAGAAGGUAAGUUGCAAGGUGAGUUGAUUGAGUGUAAACGGAAAAAUGUUAAGGCUUUGGAGCUUGAAAAGGAAAUCAAGUUGAGAUCUAGUGAAAUUGAUGGUCUUAUAAGCAAAGUUGAUUUGUUGGAAUCUGAAAAUGCAAGUCUUUCUGAGCAGUUGAAUUCCCAGCAGUUGUUAGAGAAUUUAAAGAAGGGUGUUGUGAAUGAGGUAGAUGUUCUCAAAUUAAGAAGGUUGAAUGCUGAGCUUCAUCUUCAAAAGCGAAAUCUUUGUUGUAGGAUUUCUUCCAUGGAGUCACAACUAGCUGCCCUUGCUAAAGAUUCCGAGAAUGAAUUUGUUGAUAAGAUCAAAGCUGAGGCAUUUAUGCUGAGACAAACAAACGAAGAUUUGUGUAAACAAGUUGAAGAUCUACAAGUUAGUCGAUUAAAUGAGGUUGAGGAACUUGUGUAUCUUAGAUGGGUCAACUCUUGUUUAAAAAAUGAGUUGCAGAAUUUUGCAUUUGUAUCGAGCCCAGAUUCUGUUGAAUGGCUUAAUGGUUCUGCAUCAAGUGAUGAAAGUUCUGAACAUGAUAAAAAAAGGCCAAGUUUGAUCAAAGGUUUGAAAAAAUGGCCCGUUUUAGAUGAAGAAAUGAGUGACCCUGGACCUAUUAGUUAUAAACUAAAUUUUGGUUGGUUAGAAGGAAGGAGUCCUGGAAGAAGACAUUCCAUCAGUGGAACAAAUUGCUGCCAAGUAGAUGUAGUGGUGAGUAAAAGAAGACAAUCUGAUGGAUUCAUGUGUUCAUUGGAAAUGGAGGAAGUAAAUGAUCUGAAUGGGCUCCAAGGGUCACAAUUGCGUGAAUCUACAAAACUUAAAACAUUUUUGGAUGUUGAAAAGAGGGCGUUGCGUGUUCCUAAUCCGCCUCCAAGACCUUAUAGCUUUACUUCUGCAGAACAUAAAGAGGUCACCCCUCAAGUGGCGCUGCCACCACCUCCACCACCACCACCACCACCACCACCACCAAAGUUCAUGGGACGAAAUAGUGGUAAUGGGAUUGUUCAACGAGUUCCACAAGUGGUUGAGUUUUAUCAUUCUCUUAUGAAAAGGGACUCCAGGAAAGAUUCUUUAAAUGAAGGGAUUUGUGAUGCCUUAGAUGUUAAUAAUGUGAGAAAUAGUAUGAUUGGUGAAAUUGAAAACCGAUCAUCACAUUUACUUGCUAUAAAGGAGGAUGUCGAGACCCAAGGGGAAUUUGUGAAAUAUUUAAUACGGGAGGUCAAUGAUGCUGCUUAUACAGAUAUAGAAGAUGUGGCAGCUUUUGUGAAGUGGCUUGAUGAUGAACUUUGCUUUCUUGUGGAUGAGAGGGCUGUGUUGAAACACUUUGAUUGGCCAGAAAAGAAAGCAGAUACAUUAAGAGAGGCAGCAUUUGCAUAUCGAGAUCUAAAGAAGCUGGAAAAUGAAAUAUCAAAUUACAAAGACAAUUUCCACAUACCGUGUGACUUGGCAUUAAAAAAGAUGGUGUCCUUAUCUGAGAAGAUGGAGCGUAUUGUUUAUAACCUUAUUCGAACAAGAGAUCUAUUGAUGCGUAAUUGCAAAGAGUUUAAUAUUCCCACUGAUUGGAUGCUUGAUUAUGGAAUAUUGAAUAAGAUCAAGUUGGGAUCAGUUAAGUUGGCAAAGAAGUACAUGAGAAGAGUUGCUACUGAACUCCAAACCAAGGGAACAUCAGAGAAAGAUUCUUUAAUGGAUUAUAUGCUCCUUCAAGGAGUGAGAUUUGCUUUCCGUAUUCAUCAGUUCGCUGGUGGAUUUGAUGUGGAUACCAUGCAUGCAUUCGAGGAGCUUCGCAAUGUCGCACUGGUUUUGAACAAAAAGUAGGCUGAAACUGCAAGGACUCCUUUCGCAGUAAAAGUAUGGAUUUAUUGUACAGGUGUAUCGAUUAAAAAGUUAGUUAUGCUAAGAAUGAAAAAGGGAUUUAAGUGCAAUAUCCUGUACUCAAAAGUAACUAAAAUAUUGAGGUUCAAGUUAAUUUGACCCUUGUUUUGACACUGUUUUGAAUCCUCUUUCCAAUUUCUGUUAUCGUUUGAAGUGUAUUUGACAUACUAGAAGGGUACCCGUGUUGCAGCGGUACUUUUAUGUAAGAAAUGAUAACUAUUGGCAUUCAUGUUAGGAAUGACAACGAUUCACAUAUA